CUGAACACAAACACCACGUCCCCUGCUGACUCCUCCGAGCUGCUGAUCGAGGUGAACGGGAAUGGGAAGAGACACAGUCCAGACAGAAGGGAAGACAGCAGCUUUGAGAGGGAACCGAUGCCAACAGAGCCUCCAGCCAAGAGGGUGUGCACCAUCAGCCCCGCUCCCCGGCACAGCCCUGCUCUGACAAUCCCCUUGAUGAACCCUGGGGGACAGUUCCACCCCACCCCACCGCCCCUCCAGCACUACACCUUGGAAGAUAUUGCAACCUCCCACCUCUACAGGGACCCCAGCAAGAUGUUGGAGCACAGAGAGAUUCGGGACAGGCACGGCGGUCUUGGUUUGAAUGGAGGGUACCAGGACGAGCUGGUGGACCACCGCUUAACGGAGAGAGAGUGGGCUGAUGAGUGGAAGCAUCUCGAUCACGCACUGAACUGCAUCAUGGAGAUGGUGGAGAAGACGCGGCGUUCGAUGGCCGUGCUGCGGCGCUGCCAGGAGGCCGAUCGGGAAGAGCUCAACUACUGGAAGAGGCGGUGCAGUGAGACGGCCGAGCCGCGCAAGGCGGGCAGCGAGCUCAUCUCCAGGCAGCACAGCCCCAGCAGCUCCGACUCCAUCGGCAGCGAUUCCUUGCGGGAGUUCAGCAGCAGAUCAGGAACAGGCUAUGUCACUGAAGAGAUAUGGAAAAAAGCUGAAGAAGCUGUGAAUGAGGUGAAGCGCCAGGCCAUGUCGGAGGUGCAGAAAGCGGUGGCAGAGGCCGAGCAGAAGGCAUUUGAGAUGAUUGCCUCUGAGAGAGCUCGGAUGGAACAGACCAUCGCGGACGCCAAGCGCCAGGCCACUGAGGAUGCUUUCUUAGUGAUAAACGAGCAGGAGGAGUCUACAGAGAGCUGCUGGAACUGUGGUCGCAAAGCCAGUGAGACGUGCAGCGGCUGCAACAUCGCCCGGUACUGCGGCUCCUUCUGCCAGCACAAGGACUGGGAGAGGCACCACCGAAUCUGUGGCCAAGGUCUGCACGGCCAGAGCAAGCCCCUGGCUCUCGCCGGGCCCGCUCGGCCGGCCGCUGCUGCCAAGAGCCUGGACGGUGUGCCCAGCCCGGCCCUCGAGAAGACUUCGGCAACCACCUCUCGGUCCUCCACCCCGGCAUCUGUGACAGCAAUAGACACAAACGGGCUCUGA